GUUGAUGAUGAGGCUGAAGCCCCGCCCACUGCGCAUGACUUUCCUGUUCUUACUUCCUUGUUUUAAAUAGAUUGGAACAAUGUUGACAGCAGUAAGUCUUUCGCUGAUCUUGGGCUCUUUAACCGCGGUUUUAUCAGCAGCGGAGGAGCUCCGGUUCGCAUCAUAUUAUGGAAAUCACAUGGUUCUGCAGAAAGCCCCAGCUAAAGCAGUCGUGUGGGGAUAUGGACAUACAGGGGCCAAGAUCGUGCUGUCGUUGUCUGGAUCACACAAUGAUUAUAAAACGGCUACGCGUGUUGUCAGUGGUAUUUGGCAUACAACUCUCAGCCCUGUGGAAGCUGGUGGACCUUACACACUGAUUGUAUUGCAGACAACAACUAAUACUUCCAUCAUGCUCACAGAUGUACUCUUUGGAGAUAUCUGGUUAUGUGGUGGACAGAGUAACAUGGCAUUCACAGUUGGUCAAAUAAAUAAUGCAACAGAGGAGCUGGCCAUGGUCUCCAAGUUCUCUGAUGUGAGAAUCUUUCAGGCUGCCUUGGAGCAAAGCAAUGUGGAGCUAUAUGAUCUGCCAGGAGUUGAAGUUCCUUGGUCCCGACCAACAGCGGAGUUGCUAGGUGGAAAGCCUUUUACCCAUUUUUCUGCUGUGUGCUGGCUCUUUGGCCGCUACCUCUAUCAGACACUAAACUAUCCAAUAGGGUUAGUAGACUCAUGUUGGGGAGGAACACCUGUGGAGGCCUGGUCAGCAUCAAGGCCACUUCACAAGUGUGGACUGAACAGCACAAUGACCAGCAAACUCAAUAGACAACUGCCUGUGCAAAGUAACUUUUGGAAGGACAUGCCAUUCGCAGCAUCAUGGAAGAAUUCUGUGCUGUGGAAUGCUAUGAUCCAUCCAUUACUCAACAUGACCAUCAAAGGAGCCAUAUGGUACCAAGGUGAGGCUAAUGCAGGCUACAACAGAGAUGAAUACAACUGCUCUUUCCCUGCCAUGAUCGAUGACUGGAGACGGGCUUUCCAUCAAGGCUCAGGUGGCCAAACGGCAAUAGACUUUCCAUUUGGAUUUGUGCAGCUAUCCACAUGGGAGAAAAACUAUUUACAAGAUGGAUUCAGAGAAAUACGCUGGCACCAAACAGCAGACUAUGGUUUUGCCCCUAAUAAACGUAUGCAUAACACCUUUAUGGCUGUUGCUGUUGACUUACCUGAUGAAAAAUCCCCCUGGGGCAGCAUCCACCCACGGUUUAAAAGGGAUGUGGCAUACAGACUUGUGCUGGGGGCAAGAGCUGUCGCCUAUGGGGAGAAAGGUGUAUCUUUUCAGGGACCUUUCCCUGCUGAAAUCCAGUUUGACCAGUCUUCUAUUAACAUUAUGUUCGAUCAGGAAAUUUCUGCCGCCUAUUCCGAUAAUGCUUUUGAGAUCUGCUGCUCUGCGAAUAAUACAUGUACAGAUGACUCCCAGUGGAUUUCAGUGCCCAUGAAAAAACUGGGCUCUAAUUAUAUUUUGCUGUCUUUAAGUCAGUGUCCCUCCAAGCCCACCGCUCUGCGUUAUCUCUGGAGAGACUGGCCAUGUGCUUUUAAUGCCUGUCCAAUUUAUAGCUCUGACAAAGUUUUACCUACACCACCUUUCUUGGAAAGAUUAGACUAACCUUAUUAUAUAUAGUGUAAAUAUUUGGAUUAUAAAAUGUGAAUUUGAACAUUGCUAUCCUAACAUUUGUCUCCAAAUGCACAGAUUGCACACCUUUGCACUUAUGCACACACUCUAAAAAAUGCUGG